AUGGGCUGCGACUACCUCGCGGAGCCCCCUUCAUACUCACAGUUCUUCCAAAACUACUUACUACCCAACAAGCCCGUCCUCAUCGGCCCCCGAGUAAUAUCCUCUUGGCCAGCUUACCACGCGUGGGCCUCCCACGCCGACCCAGACAACCCCCAGAUCGACUGGGACUACCUCUCGGAUGUCUACGGUGAACACGAGGUCAUGGUCGCAGACUGCGCGACCCGGGAGUUCAGCGACCAGAAGCGCGAGACGAUGCGCUUCCGCGACCUCGUCGCCCUGUGGAAGGCCGGGCACGGGGGUGCGCUCUAUGCGAAGGACUGGCACCUCGCACGCGCCGUCGCCACCGCCGCGCCCCCUCCAUCCCCAUCCCCCGCCCCUUCCUCCCCCUCCCGCGGGCCCGCGCUGGGCUCCUUCUACGCGACGCCCGCGCUGUUCCGCGACGACUGGAUGAACGCGUACUACAGCGCGUGCACGGCGGACGACUUCCGCUUCGUGUAUGCGGGCGCGGCGCACACGUUCACGCCGCUGCACCGCGACGUGUACGCGUCGUACUCGUGGUCGACGAACGUCGCCGGGCGCAAGCGCUGGUGGCUCUUCCCGCCCGCGCAGACGCCGCUGCUCGGCGGGGAGGCGCGCGGCGACGUGGUCCCGAGCGGGUGGUACCAUCAAGUGGAGAACCUUACGGCGUGCAUCUCGAUCAACCACAACUGGUGCAACUCGGUGAACCUGCCCGCGCUCUACGAGUCCAUGUGCGCGAAGGUGGAGGAGGUGGAGCGCGCGCUCGAGGACGUCCAGGAGCUGCUCGCGCAGAACGGGACGGACUGGCGGGGGGAGUGGACGCGCAUCGUGCAGGACGUGGUGGAGAAGGAUGCGGGCUGGAACUGGGUGACGUUUUGGAAGAUGGUCCUCCACGCGCUGCGCAUAGCCUCCGGGUGCGAGGACCAGACCUCUUCGCUGUGGGAGCCCGCGUCCCCUGAGCUCACACCACCCUGGAGCUUCAUCAAGGCGCGCGUCCGGCCGUGCUUCGACGAUUUUAUCCGCCGCGAGCAAUGCGAGUUCGAGUUGGUGGAAGGACUGCGGGGCGUCGUGGAUGCAGUCGGGGCGGCUCUGCAGAUCAAUGGCGCGAGAGAGCCCUACAGCCUGUAG